GGGCGUGGUUAGCCGUCAAUGUUUAUGUAGCUCUCUGGUCGGUGUAUGUAACCGUUGCAAGGACUCUGCUAUGUGAUUUCCUGACAUUGAUUUCUUUUAUAGCCUCUGUUUUGUACAUUAUGCACCAGCUGUUAAUAUGGGGAAACACUAACAGGUGAAACACGGAGGAUACCGAGGAAAACGCCGGAAUGGCAGGCGCCUUCAAAGGCUGCCAGAAAAUUCGAGGUCCGCAGCUUAGGAACCUGCUGGAGGCGAAGGACUUCAUCCUGCUGGACUGCGACGGGGUCCUGUGGCACGGAGAGAAGGCGGUGACGGGCGCGGCGACGGUGGUGAAUUCGCUGAUACGGAACGGUAAACACGUAGUGUUCGUCACCAACAACUGCACCAGGCCCCGGGAGAAAUAUGUGCACAAGUUCUCCCGGCUCGGCUUCACCGACGUGAUGCUGGAGCAGAUCUUCAGCUCGUCGUACUGCUCGGCUCUCUACCUGAGGGACGUGGUGAAGAUCAGCGGCCAGGUGUUCGUCAUGGGCUGCGAGGCUCUGCGGUCCGAGCUGCAGGAGGCGGGCGUCCCCUGCGUGGAGGAGGUGGAGGACCCGGAUGCCACCAUCUACAACUGCCCCCUGGCCCCGGACGUCAAGGCAGUGCUGGUGGGACAUGACGAUAAAAUGACUUUUCUCAAACUGGCCAAAGCGUCGUGCUACCUGAGGGACCCGGACUGUCUGUUCCUGGCCACCGACAUCGACCCCUGGCACCCUCUGUCAGGGGGCCGGAUACUGCCAGGCUCUGGGUCCCUCACUGCGGCCCUGGAGGUGUCCUCAGGUCGUAAGGCCACUGUGAUCGGGAAGCCCAGCCGCUUCAUGUUCGAGUGCAUCUCCAGUCAGUUCGAAGGGGUGGACCCCGCCAAGUGCCUGAUGAUCGGGGACCGUCUGGAGACAGACAUGCUGUUCGGGGCCAACUGCAGGCUGGACACCAUGCUCACUCUCACCGGGGUGUCUCAGACAAAGGAUGCGGAGGAGUACAGGGAUAGUGAGCUGACCACCAACCACAGCUUUGUGCCCGACUACAUAGUGGACAGUAUCGCUGAUUUCUUACCUGCUUUUGAGGAACAGGACGAACAGAGCAAUUGAGUCCUUUGGCCUCCAGUUCGAAGCAAAGAUUGCUUCUGCUGUAUUCCAAGUGCAAUGUUUAGUGUGGCUUUUGCACCUACCUUAUCCACAACUAUCAAAAACUAGAAAUGUUUCUCAGUAACAAGAAGCUGUUAAUGUUGUGACUGACGCGCGUAGAAUAGAAUAUUCGCCCCAAAUAAUCGGAGUAAUUCAGUGUUUACCUCAGUGUUUCUUCUAGUGUUGUGCCCAUUUGUGACUUGACAGUUCCCCUGUUGCCGUAAGCGUUUAUAUUCAUAUAUGAAAAUACAGCACUUUCUUCUUCAUAAACUUCAUAGGUCGUGUUUGAAAUUGGUUUUGAACCUCCAGAGUUAUUUUUGUGAAGCCAUGGAUUGUUGUCCAACGGAAUUCAUGCGUCUAGGAGUUGGUUGUUAUUUAUUUUUUGGCGCAAAGGCAGACAUGUACUUACUAACAGAGUGGUAUUCUCAUGUGUUUGCCAGAGUGUGACUUCUCCUAAUACUUGGCAAGAAAAAUGUAAAACUAAGUCUGUGACAAUCUGCUAGUCAGAUAGGUGAAGUGUAUAUUCACCUUUCUAUCAUGUCUGUAUUAAUGUGCCAGUAUUCAUAAGAACUAAACAGCUUACAGAAUAUGAUACUUAGACAACCAUUUACACAUUAAUGGUGGCCAAUCAUACUACACUGUUGUGAAAUGUCAAUGUUGUUAAUGUUUACCAUAGAGCAUGCUAGCAACGGUAACAAUAAAUGCCUAAAAUGAA